AUGUUUUUGCAGGCACUUGAUUUUUGUGACUACGGAACAGAACUGAACAACCUGAUCUGGAGAAACCGAUCCGCCGUCCUGCCGAACAGCCCGGUCUGCACCCGGCGAAACACGGGGAAAACACGCAGACACAGCGAGGGGAACACGGGGAAAACACGCAGACACAGCGAGGGGAACACGGGGAAAACACGCAGACACAGCGAGGGGAACACGGGGAAAACACGCAGACACAGCGAGGGGAACACGGGGAAAACACGCAGACACAGCGAGGGGAACACGGGGAAAACACGCAGACACAGCGAGGGGAACACGGGGAAAACACGCAGACACAGCGAGGGGAACACGGGGAAAACACGCAGACACCGCGAGGGGAACACGGGGAAAACACGCAGACACCGCGAGGGGAACACGGGGAAAACACGCAGACACAGCGAGGGGAACACGGGGAAAACACGCAGACACAGAGAGGGGAACACGGGGAAAACACGCAGACACAGCGAGGGGAACACGGGGAAAACACGCAGACACAGCGAGGGGAACACGGGGAAAACACGCAGACACAGCGAGGGGAACACGGGGAAAACACGCAGACACAGCGAGGGGAACACGGGGAAAACACGCAGACACCGCGAGGGGAACACGGGGAAAACACGCAGACACCGCGAGGGGAACACGGGGAAAACACGCAGACACCGCGAGGGGAACACGGGGAAAACACGCAGACACCGCGAGGGGAACACGGGGAAAACACGCAGACACAGCGAGGGGAACACGGGGAAAACACGCAGACACAGCGAGGGGAACACGGGGAAAACACGCAGACACAGCGAGGGGAACACGGGGAAAACACGCAGACACAGCGAGGGGAACACGGGGAAAACACGCAGACACAGCGAGGGGAACACGGGGAAAACACGCAGACACAGCGAGGGGAACACGGGGAAAACACGCAGACACAGCGAGGGGAACACGGGGAAAACACGCAGACACCGCGAGGGGAACACGGGGAAAACACGCAGACACAGCGAGGGGAACACGGGGAAAACACGCAGACACAGCGAGGGGAACACGGGGAAAACACGCAGACACAGCGAGGGGAACACGUCUGGCAUCACCUGCAUUUACUUUUUGUUGGAUUGA